GUCACUUCCCUGUGACUGUGUUCGCUGCAGCAGAACCUUCCUCAAGACAACAGGACGUCUUCAGAGCAGACAUACUCCAUCAAAGUAGGGUGUUACAGCUGUAGCAGAUCCUGCUGGCAACAGAGGUAAAGAUGGCUGGCCUGUGCUGGAUGGCGCUGGUCCUCGCCUUCUUCCUGUCUGCUGGAAACAGUUCGGCUGCUGUGGACCAGAACUGGCUCGCGAGUAUUAUAGAAGGCAUCAAGAAUCAGUACGCACUCGGUGACACCUUCAGUCUGGCUGUGAAUGUCCCACAGAACCAAGACCCAAGUAAUCUUCAGGAAGUCUUCAAGGACGAUCCAGCAGACCAAGUGAAGCAAACUGUUUCUGGGGGUCAGGUGUACCAGGGCGCCCGGGUGGUGGCAGCAGCGCAAUCAGGGGCGUUGUCACAUGUUCUAGAAAAGAUACAGCCCUUCAUUAAAAGCAGUGAGGGUAAUGUCCUCGUCAUCUACUCCGAGGAGUCCCCGUGCGGUCCAACGUGCACGAAUCAGGACGGUAUUGCUGGCAAGAUUAACGAUGUCACUCAGAACUGGAGUGGUUUUGCGUUUGCGUUCUCUAAAGUAGCCGAUGUUUCUGACGCGUCUCAGCAGGCCGAAUCCUUUAAACAACUUGAGAUUUCCAAACUCGGCCUUGACAACAUAUUCCGUUGUUAUAAACCCGGAGAUUCUUUUCAGUGCACCAGCUGCUCCUCGGGCGGAGACGUUGCGCCCUCGUGUGUUGCAAACAAUGAAGAACAGGGCGCUAGCGAAGGAACGGGUGGAAACGUAGGCGAGGAAACAGGUGCAAGCGUAGGCGAGGAAACGGGUGCAAGCGUAGGUGAAGAAAUACCUGCAGGCAUAGGUGGAGGAGCACAAGGUCGUGAAGGAGGACUGAGCAAGUGCAGAGGACGUGAUAAAAGAGGCUGCAAGCGUAGAGGAAGAAAAGGUGGCAAGGUUAGGAGGCAGUGCAAGCGUAGAGGAGGCUGCAAGGGCAAAAGAAACGGCAAGCGUGGAAAAGGUAGUAAGGUUAGAAAAGGGCGGAAGCCAAGAAGAGGGCGCAAGGGUGGAAAACGGGGUAAACGUCGAGGAGGGCGCAAGGGUGGAAAACGAGGUAAGCGUCGGGGAGGGCGCAAGGGUAGUAAAAAGGGUAAACGUCGAGGGCGCAAAGGCAAAAGAUGGGGCAAAAGUGGAAAACGUAGAGGCGGGCGUAGAAGGGGACUGCAGGUAGAAUAACUCCUGAGCUGAAGUCCAGUGAAGCUUUACUGAGACAAAAUGAUGUCUUAGGCGUAAUAGAAAUGCCCUUGUUUCUUUUCUCUUCCCUUGAAACUCUCUUAAUUUGAGAUCUUUGAAGGCCAACAUCUAUACAACUCUGAGUUCUGGUGCUGAUACUGAUAAGACCAAAACCAACAGGCGUAAGAGCUCCACUGGGGUCCAAAAACUAUUAAACCUGCAGUGCUGCACUGGGUUACAUGUUCCUGCAUUACCUUUAACACUCACACUGUAGUUUAUUUCCACUCAGUCCCACAUUCACUGUCAGGACACCAGGGUUGGUACCACAGUUAGUGUAGGAAAGUUUUUUCGUGGGAUUCGUUAACAAUAACAAAAAUAUAGAACAAAACCAAACUUUGAAUAACUUUUUUGGAAAAUUUAACACAAAAUACAAAACAUAAUAACAAAAAAUUAAAAUAAAUGAUCUGUUUUGGUGUAUUUGGAAAAAUAAAUCAAUUUAUUGACUUGUAAUGGCACUUUUAGAUAUUUUCGCUUCACUAAUGUGCCAUAAUGAUGUUUUUUUGUUCAAAUUUCUUCACUUGGGGGAUUUUUUUCAAGCAAAUAUUGAUAUAUGUGAUUGUUUAAUCAGGAUAUAUUUCUGCCACCCUGUCAGUUACAGCCUCUUCAGCUGACCAACCACAGAGAGCGUGACCUCAGUGUCUGUAGUAAUUGUUCUUCAAUACUUCUGUAAAUCAUCUGAUGUUUUGUUCUUUCUGAUUAAAGCUUGGCUCAGCAUCCA